UCUCUCAAAAAAGAUAAAGAUGGUGGUUCUGAUGAGCAACGACGGAGUGAUAUUCACGGUUGAGGAGUCCGCCGCCGCCAGAUCUCAAACUAUUAACCAGAUGAUCGAGGACGGCUGCUCCGACGGCAACAUUCCACUCCCUAACGUCGAUUCCAAGACUCUGGAGAUGGUUAUCGAAUACUGCACACGCCACGACAAAGCCGAAAGGAUGGCCGAAGGAGCCGAAGCGAAAGCGGCAGCGGAGGAGUACGACGCAGAGUUGAUGAAGGUUGAUGUGAAGACGACGUUGUUUAAUCUGAUGAUGGCUGCAAACUACUUGAACAUAGAUAGCCUGCUUAAGCUGACGGCACUUGCCGCCGGAAACGCAGUAAAGGGGAAGGAACCAGAAGAAAUUCGAGAUACUUUUGGUAUCAUAAACGACCUUACCCCUGAGGAGGAAGACCAGAUUCGCAAGGACAACACUUGGUCUUAUGAAUGA